AUGUCCCAAGGUACUUUGUAUGUCGGCCAAUCUCCAAGAUCCACUGCUGUUGAAGCUUUGGUUUCCUAUUUAAACUUGGAUGUUUCCAUCGUUAACGUUGAAACUGCUCAAGCUGAAUUCGCCAAGAACUUCCCAUUGAAGAAAGUCCCAUCUUUCUUGGGUCCAAAGGGUUUUAAAUUACCAGAAUCCAUUGCCAUCGCUUAUCAUUUGAUCUCUUUUGCUGAUGAAAAGACUCAAGCUAUCUUGGCCGGUGCCACUCAAGCUGAAAAAUCUCAAAUCUUAAGAUGGGUUGCCUUCUUCAACCAAGAUUUCUCAUCUGCUGCUGUUGGUGCUUGGUUAAUCUUAAUUGGUAAGAACCAAUUCAACAAGAAGGCUUUGGAUGACUUCAAAGCUAAUGUCGAUAAAUACGCCACCUUUGUUGAAGAAAGAUUAUCCACCCAUACUUACCUUGCUACCGAACACGUUUCUUUAGCCGAUAUGGUUGCUUCUGCUACUUUCUCCACCCUUUUCGGUAAAGUUUACGGUCCAGAUUUCGCCAAGAAAUUCCCAGCUAUUACCAGAUGGUUCAAGACUAUCAUUGCUUCUGCUCCAUUGAAGUCUAAAUUCACUAACUUUGAAUUCUUGAAACAAGAUUUAGUUUUUGUCCCACCAAAGAAGGAAAAGAAGGCUGAAAAACCAAAAGCUGAAAAGAAGGCUGAAAAGAAGGCUGAAAAGCCAGCUGCUGAAGCUGCUCCAGCUCCAGAAAAGAAGCCAAAGCACCCAUUAGAAGCUUUAGGUAGACCAACUUUCGUCUUGGACGAAUGGAAGAGACAAUACUCUAACGAAGAUACCAGACCAGUUGCUUUGCCAUGGUUCUGGAAACAUUACAACGCCGAAGAAUACUCCAUCUGGAGAGUUGACUACAAAUACAACGACGAAUUGACUUUAACCUUCAUGUCCAAUAACUUGAUCGGUGGUUUCUUCAACAGAUUGUCUGCUUCUACUAAGUACAUGUUUGGUUGUAUGACUGUCUACGGUGAAAACAACAACAACGGUAUCAUUGGUGCUGUCAUGAUCAGAGGUCAAGAACAUGAACCAGCUUUCAACGUUGCCCCAGAUUGGGAAUCUUACGCUUACACAAAGUUGGACCCAACUAAGGAAGAAGAUAAAGAAUUCAUCAACAACAUGUGGGCUUGGGACAAGCCAGUUAUGGUCAACGGUGAAGGUAAGGAAAUUGUUGACGGUAAGGUCUUAAAAUAA